AUGUGGAGUCAGGAAGGAGAUGGUGAGGACGUGCUCGACGUUGCGGGUGGGUGUGUGCGUGGCCACAGCUGGAAAUCCGAGACGCGCAAGUGGAGCAACACAACGCUCAACGGCUCGAGCAGCAGAGGAGCGGAUGGGCAGGCUGUCGCGGCGCUGAGCUGUGAUCGAGGCGCGCUCCACUUUGAAAAUGGCGCAUCGGACCAAUCGGGCAAAGCGCUUCGCGUAGUGUGGCGAUUCGACCGAUCCGGUGGUUCCCGCCCUGCAGCUGGUCGCUCUGCCCCCUCUGCGCCCUCGGGCUCGCGAGGUGCGCACACCAUGGCCGCUCCCCAGCAGCACCACCAGGCACCGCCUCAGGCCUACUCGCAGCAGCCUCCCGCCAUGCAGCAGCAGCGCAGCCCCGGUCUUUUCGGCCAGAUGGCUUCCACCGCCGCUGGUGUCGCCGUCGGCUCCACCGUCGGCCACGGUCUCUCCAACAUGCUCUUCGGUGGCUCUAGCUCCGCCCCGGCUGAGCAGGCGCAGCAGCCCGCUCCCCAGGCUUACGACCAGGGUGCCUACGCUUCGCAGCAGCAGAACAUCGGCGCAAGCUGCGAAUCGCAGAGCAAGGACUUCAUCAAGUGCCUCGAGAGCACAAACGAUAUGAACUCUUGCUCGUACUACCUCGAGCAGCUCAAGGCCUGCCAGGCCGCUGCCCGUCCCUACUGA